AUGGGGCCUGGCCGCCUACAAGAUGCCAUCGCGAUCGCAGACGCCGCUGCGCUGGAACUCGAGCUCGCGCACAUGAUGGGACACACAAUCCUUAGUGGGAUGGCCAACUAUCGCAUGGAGUACCUAACAUUUGACGUGGCAAAUUUCAAGACUUCCUACCAUACCAUCCUUGGUCAGCCCAUGCUGGCAAGGUUCAUGGCAAUCCCGCACCACACCUACCUCGUCCUCAAGAUACGAACUCCAGACAGAGUCCUCUCCGUCUAUGGCGACAUCGAGACAUCGUACAAGUGCGACACUAAGGUAGUCCAGCUUGCGGAAGCCCUAGAGUACUCAGCCAAGGCGACCACCAUGGUGGGCGAGGCCCAGAAGAUGGACAAAGACUAG